ACCUGACUCUCUGGUGUACCAACAAGAAAACUGAUCUGAAACACAUCAGUGAUUUCUACAAAGAUGGUGUACUUCUCAGCACGGGCUAUGGAAACAACUUCAUCAUCCAAAAUGUCUCCAAGUCUGAUGAAGGACGUUACAAGUGCAGCAUCUCUGGAGAAGGAGAAUCUGCAGAAAGCUGGCUGAUUGUUUCCAAACAAGAAAAAGGUCCCUCUGAAGAGAGUCAACAGUUAAACAUUCAGACUUCUACAAUCUUCCUGCUGUGUGUUACAUUAGUGACUCUGCUGUUGCUGAUAUUUGGACUGGUUCUCUACAGGAAACACAAAG